AUUGGGGGUCGUGGAGAUUCGAACACAUGACCUUUCGGUUCUAGGCUCUGAUACCAUGUCAUAAACCAGUUGGUCCCAAUAACUCGAGUUGUUGGGAGAAGGUUAUGCUGGAUCUUAUACAGGCCUGUGUAUGGUGCUUAACCACUUCCUUACACGCCCCCUCAAACGAAAGCCGACUCAUGGGCUUGAAGUUUGCACAGGCCCGCCAUACCAUG